AUGGUACGGCCUCCAGAUAUAACAUGGGAUCAGUCUCCAGAGUAUAAGAUGGCACAGCUUUCAGGCUAUGCUUGCUAUAUAAGAUGGUACGGCCUCUCCAAAGUCAAAGAUGGGUGUAGCCUCCAAGAGUCUAAGAUGCUGCAGAGACUGGGUUUCACUGAUAUUGAUGCUAUAGAUGCUAACCAGGCCAUGCUAGAUGUAGCCAAGUCUAAGAAUGUUUACAACCGACUGAUUUGUGAUUUCCUUGGGCUAAACACACUGGACAUCAAAAAUGAUACGUACGAUGGCGCAGUUGCAACUGGUUGCUUUAACGAGUCCCAUGUCACCGGUGACUGUUUUCCAGAGUUGGUCCGCAUCAUGAAACCUGGCGGCCUGAUUCUGAUUCAGAUACGAGCUGACUUAUUGGAGAAAAUGGUAGGAUUUAAGGAAGCCAUGGAACAACUUGAAAACGACAAAAUGUGGACAUUGGUCAAAAAAGAAUAUUUCCCAAAUUGGUAUGUCGACAAACCAAUUGAUGGAUUCAGGGCCGUCUUUAGAAUAAUCUGACUCGUACGAUUAUAACCAUACGAUGGCGUAAUCUUAAGUUUUCUAAAUGAGUUUUGCGUUAAAAUGACUUUCUGAUUGUAGCAAAAUACAAUCGUUUCAAAACAUAA